UAGAGGACUAUGGUCUUUUAGAUAGAGAGAAGCACACCCAUCUCUCAAAUGACUUUCUAGGAACACUAGAACGAUCCACACGUGGGAAUCAUGAAAGAGUUUUGCAUCUUCUUGAUCUGCUUCAUCAACCUGUUGCUGCUGGAGAGCUCAUCGUGUGCUGGUGACUCAAGUGUUGUGAAUCCCUGUUGUUCCUACCCCUGUCAGAACUCAGGAGUGUGUGUGAGAUUUGGUACAGAACGCUACGAAUGUGACUGCACUCGAACUGGCUUUUAUGGAGUCAACUGCACUGUUCCGGAGCUCUGGACCAGAGUUCGUCUCAUGCUGAAGCCGAAGCCUACGGCGGUUCACUACUUCCUCACGCACUUCCACUGGUUCUGGGACCUCGUAAACAACUCUUUCCUGCGAGACACGUUCAUGAGAUUAGUGCUGACCGUCAGAAGCGACCUUAUUCCAAGCCCUCCGACCUACAAUACUAAAUAUGGAUACCUCAGCUGGGAGUCUUACUCCAACAUGUCCUACUACACCCGUCUCCUCCCUCCUGUUCCUGAAGACUGCCCUUUGCCCAUGGGAGCUAAAGGUAAACCUCAGCUUCCUGAUCCCAAAGUGUUGGCCGAGAGGUUUUUUAAGAGAAAGACAUUCAGGCCAGACCCUCAGGGAACCAACCUGAUGUUUGCCUUUAUGGCGCAACACUUCACUCACCAGUUCUUCAAGACAAACCAGGAAGUUCAAGGUGGCUUCACCAAGGCUUUAGGACAUGGGGUAGAUGCGAGCAACAUCUAUGGAGACAGCCUCAUACGACAGCUUCACCUACGGCUUCAUAAAGAUGGAAAGAUGAAAUAUCAGUUAGUAAACGGUGAGAUGUACCCUCCCACAGUAUCAGAGGUCCCUGUGCACAUGGUUUACCCUGAACACUUCCCUCCAGAGAAGCGUCUGGUCACCGGUCAGGAGGUGUUUGGCCUCCUGCCGGGCCUCACCAUGUACGCCACCGUAUGGCUGAGGGAGCACAACAGAGUCUGUGACGUCCUGAAGGCGGAUCACCCCACCUGGGACGAUGAGCAGCUCUUUCAGACCGCCAGACUCAUCAUCAUUGGAGAGACAAUCAACAUCAUAAUAGAAGAGUACGUGCAGCACCUGAGUGGCUACCUGUUGGACCUGAAGUUCGAUCCCACUCUGCUCUUCAACGCACGUUUCCAGUACAGCAACCGCAUCGCUCUGGAGUUCUGCCACAUCUACCACUGGCACCCGCUGAUGCCUGACAGCUUCCUCAUCGACGGCGAUGACAUCCCAUACCCUCAGUUUAUGUUCAACACAUCCCUACUCAUGCACUACGGGGUGGAGAAGAUGGUGGAUGCCUUCUCCAAACAACCUGCAGGCCAGAUAGGGGGAGGUCACAACUCGCAUAUAGUUGUGCUUCACGUGGCAGAAAAGGUCAUCAAAGAGUCUCGAGCUACACGAGUGCAGCCCUUUAAUGAAUACAGGAAGAGGUUUAACCUAAAGCCGUACACCUCUUUUUAUGAAUUUACUGAUGACAUUGAAAUGGCCGAAGGUUUAGAGGAGCUCUAUGGUGACAUCGAUGCUCUGGAGCUCUACCCCGGUGUCCUGCUUGAGAAAGCACGACCUAACAGUCUAUUUGGGGAGAGCAUGGUGGAGAUGGGGGCUCCCUUCUCCCUGAAAGGCCUGCUUGGAAACCCCAUCUGCUCCCCUGAGUACUGGAAGCCCAGCAGCUUUGGGGGAGAGAAGGGCUUCAAUAUCGUCAAAACUUCCACCUUGAAGAAACUGGUGUGCCUAAACACCAAAUGGUGUCCAUACGUGGACUUCCAUGUUCCAAGAAAUGACGAGGAGCUGAAACCAAGGAAAUCAAAUUCUGAACUUUAAUCAAUUAAUCUCAAUCUGUUUAUUACUAUGCUGACUGUAGGGACAUUCUUUAGCUGCCAAUGUGUUGCAAAUUGUUUAGGGAUAUUUUAAUUCUACAUGACAUUUAGUGGUUUCAAUCCUGCCUGCAUACUCUGAAUCCAAGCAGGUCUACCUCCUGAAAACACAGGUGACAAAUUCCAUAGUUUCUGGAGCAGGAAAACAUAUUUGCAGUAUCUUGAAAAUGUUUUUUAUUUGGUAAUGGUCAUCUUUUUGUGUGUAUUUUCUCUUUUCUUUCAGUGAGGGUAUAACAUCACCAUAUCUUCUUGAAAAAUGUAAUGUAACUAAAAUAGUCAUAGUAAAAACAUUUCUACAAAAUAUGAUAAAUAUUCUGCAGACAUUCUUGUUGCCUGUUAAUGGAAACACAACUCAAGAUUUGAAGAUUCAAAGAUGUAUUGUCAUGUCAUAUGCUACGGUGUAGUUAUGAAAUUAAUGAAAAAAGUAGGUCACUUGUUCCUCACCAGCGCAAUUACAAGACAUACAUUUUUAUACAAAUAAAAUAAAAUAGUCCAAAGAAUAAAAAUGUAUUAAUUCAUCUUGGUUAAAUUGACAUGAAUGUUAAUAAUCUGUGAGAAAAUAAAUUAUGAAUUUCUAAAUAUAGUCACUAUUUAGAUAACCCACUUGGCAAUUUGGGGUUUGAGUGCAAAACACUUCUGGCUGAGCAGCUGAUCUUUAACACUUCUUCAUCUCUUUUUAUGUCUUUUAGAUGUUUUGAGUCUAUGCAU